AUGGCUGUGUCCAGUGGUCCCCAGGGUGUCCGGGUUCGAGGGCAGGAGAAAUGGACGCCGCCCCCACAGCCCCUGCUCUCAGCACUGGACCGCAUGCUCAACCUCUCCUUACUUUCUGUCCUCUCCAUGAAGCUGAGAGAUAAAGAGGAGACGCAGAAGCAUCUCAACAUCCUGAAGGAGAGGUUCCUGCACAGCUGUGGAGCGCUCCCGGUGCCUCCUGGGAAAAAAAACAAAUUGGUGUCAUGGAAACACCAGGAGGAGACGCAGAAGACUGAGGAGGGGAAGAAGAAACUCUCAACACUGGAGGAGAACCAGAGGAUGGUGGUGAGUUCUCUGGAGGAGUUGGAGGUGACCAAGGAGAGACUGGACGAGGAGAACAGGAUCACGAGGAGCAGAGUGGAGGAGGAGGAGGAGGAGGCACACCAGGUUCUCCUCCAGAGGGAUCAGGCUGUUUUGCAUCUUCCUCCUCUGCCCUCAAGAUCUCACACAGACCACCAGACCCUUCAGGAGCGUCUGAUGGAGGCGAUCCCAGAUGUGGGCGGGGCAAUGAAGGCCCUUCGGAACCUUCCGGAACUCCGUCCAGUGAGCAGCUACAUAGAGCUGGCCAAUCAGCACACUCAACUGCGCGUCACCACAGCAACCACAACCAACACACAACACACCUGAGCUGCCAGAGUGAGCACACACACACACACG